AUGUCAUCAGAGAAAUAUAAGGUAGCAAUUGUUGUUGAUCCUUCGAUGAAAGACAUUUCAAUUGGAGAAGAAACCAAAAAAGAGAGACCUUCUUCGUCAGCCAUGUCCUCUACAGGAGUCUUCGCCGCCAUCUCUUACAUGGCAUCUGCUGUUCUAUUAGUAAUGUUCAAUAAAGCGGCACUUUCUUCAUACAGAUUUCCAAGUGCAAAUGUCAUUACUCUACUUCAGAUGCUUUCUUCAUGUCUAAUUUUGUAUGUGAUGAGAUAUUUUAAGAUCAUAUCAUUCAAUAAUGAUAGAUCAAAGAGCGAGCACAACAACAAUUUGUUUACUCUUGUUUCAACAAAAAGGUUGUUUCAGACGAUCCCUCUUGCAUUCACAUAUCUACUUUAUAUGCUAGUAACAAUGGAGUCCGUACGUAAUAUCAAUGUUCCAAUGUACACAACGCUCCGACGAACUACUAUACUUUUUACAAUGAUUAUGGAAUAUUUCCUUGCUGGUCAAAAGCAUUCUGCUUUAAUCAUCUUUAGCGUGGGAAUAAUUAUAUUAGGUGCUAUAAUCGCUGGGAUAAGAGACUUAUCGUUUGAUGGUUAUGGGUAUGGACUUGUAUUCACGGCAAAUAUAUGUACCGCAACCUACCUUGCCUUGAUUUCACGUAUUGGAAAAUCUAGUGGCCUCAAUAUCUUCGGACUAAUGUGGUGUAAUGGAAUAAUUUGCAUCCCCUUUUUGUUGUUAUGGACAUCUGUAAAAGGUGAACUAGAAGCCAUGUUAUCAUUUCCUCAUCUCUACUCUGUUGGCUUUCAGGUGGUGAUAUGUCUUUCAUGUGUGUUGGCUUUCAUGAUAAAUUACUCUGUGUUCCUCAACACAACCCUUAAUUCUGCACUAACACAUUCAAUAUGUGGUAAUUUGAAGGAUCUAUUUACCAUUACACUAGGUUGGCUUAUAUUUGCUGGACUUCCCUUUGAUUGGGUAAACGUAAUGGGCCAAGCGCUGGGUUUUACCGGAUCUAUUUUUUAUGCAUUUUUCAAAUAUAAAGGCAUGUGA